AUGACGCUUGUUGUGUUGCAGGCAGCAGAAUGGGAGCAUGGGCUAGCAGAAUCACAAAGGCCAUCGCCAGAAGCGUCGGACAUGCAACGUGAAGAAUUCAUCAGGAACAAGUACGUCAGGAGGAAGUGGAUCAGACCGACAGGAGCGUCCAGGGAUCAGGAUGGGAUGGUUAAGAGUGACAGAGGGGAGAGCAGCCAGAGGGAAACAGCUGCAGGAACUCAAACAAAGAUUCAACAGUCUUCUGCCACCAAGAAGGAAGAAGCACCACUGGCAGCUGUCGCGCCCACCGCAAACUUGAUAUCCUUCGAUGAUGACGCGGGCCAUGUACCGAUUGCUCAACCAGCAAGAGCGGCAGCCAACACGCUCUUAGAUGACAUGCUGACGAUGAACAUUUCUGCGAACGCUUCUACCUCAGCAGACUUGCUUGCUUUCGGUUUCACUGAACCAUCUGUUCAGCAAGGUGCUGCAUCUAUGGCCAAUUUCUCGCAGAGCGGGUCAAAUACACAGGGUGGCACAAAAGAUCCGUUCGAAGAUUUGUUCGGUUUGAAGUGA